AUGACGAGAAAAGAAAAAAUAUUCGCCCUGGCGAAAGGUUUUCGAGGCCGAGCGAAGAAUUGUUUCCGAGUGGCCAACCAAAGAGUGGAAAAAGCCUUGCAGUAUCAAUACAGAGAUCGACGGACGAAGAAACGAGAGGCGAGGAAGGAUUGGAUCGUAAGGAUCAACGCGGCCAGUCGCGAACACGGGGUGAAAUACGCGGAGUUUAUGCGAGGGAUUGGGGUUGAUAACGUCUGUUUGGACAGGAAGAUUUUAGCGGAGUUGGCCGUGAACGAGCCGAAAUCGUUUCGAGCGCUCUGCGAAAGAGUGAAGAAAAUGAGAGCGGCGCCAGAGCCGCUCCCGAAGAUUGAGUUGAUUGAGGAAGAGUUGUAG